GUCGCCGCUGCCCGACGCGUGCGGACGUGCCGUGCUUGUGCAUUGACAGUGACAGAAGUGUGUGUUUUGUUUGUGAAAUUGGAUUUGCGAUUGUCGAGAUCUGGGAGCACCAACAUCGCUCGUGUGCAUACUUUAUGUGUUAAAUUAGUUCAAUCAGUGCCUCAUUAUAUUAUACUCUUUGUUAUGGCGCUCUUAAUACGACCGUUCCAUCAUUAGAAAAAUCGGACCAGAGACAAAAUAACGGCGCAGCCCAUGGUGCGCGUGCGCCGCCCUCUCCAACGGAUCGUCGCCAGGUGAACUCGGCGCAUUGAUAACCACGACGUAUCAGUGCUCACGUGACGCACUCCGACGCACGUUGAGAUAUCUAACUCGACGAAGGUCUGCCCCAUCUAGGAUCCAACAAUAUCGCAAUUUGAUUAUUUUCCUCUUUUGGAUAUCGCAAUGAGGUAUCAGCUAUCUAUCCACUUGAACCACUCGAGAAUCUAUUCAUCUACAACCAUUGGAAAAUGUUACUAAGCAGCCGAUGGGAAAACAAGCAGUGAGAUAACUCCCGUCCACAAAUGACGGUUACGCGCGCAAGUGCAACAACAUUCAGUGGUUCAGUGACAGUGUUGUGUUGAAGACAGCGCCAUCUGGCGUGCGAUAGCGGCGCAAGGUGGCGGGGACGCAUGCUGCGUCGUUGCCUUUGGCGAUGCCAUUUAUAGAAGAUGAGUGGUGGUCAGCUGAAAAUGAGGGUAGAAUGGUUGACCUCUCCAAUUGUUUACAAGACGCGGUAGCUGCCGCGAGCGGGCAGGCGGCCGCGCAGCUGCAGCAAAUGGCGACAUCUCUCGGCGAAUUAUCGCAAGCGGAGCUGUCGAACAUCGUCGGGGGUCUGACGCUGGAGCCCGACGUGACGGAAGCAGCGGACCCGGAUGAUAUUCUGAAGCAGCUAGGGGAGACCGCGUUUGACAACUUCGACACAUUCUUUACGGACCUGACUAAUGCUACUACGGUGCCGCCUAUUGAGAUUAAGCAAGAGGAGAACAACAACAUCUCGCCCCCUGGCUCGAGUAAUCACCUCCAGAACUCAUACUACCAGCCCAAUCAACUAUCCAUACCCAACAAUGGCCAACAGCGGUUGCAACAACUCCUGCGCUCAGGCAGCGGGAUCAGCAACAGAUACAACAUCGCCUCGGCCAAUCCACUACUCGCGGAGAAACUAGCGGCGACAUCUAGCGGGAUAAAGCAGGAGCCACUCAGCUCGGAUUACAACGGUACGAGUAUGAAUUAUGGCAACGCUCCGCCCAUGCAGAGGUCCGGGAAGCCCCAGGUGAACGACGCGGGCGGCGGUAAAGUGGACGGCGAGCCGGCCGGCCUGCCGCUCGGCGCGCGCGGCCUCGGACGAGCGCUGCUGCAUGGCUUGCUUGCGCCCGCGCAGGCGGCCCGGCACCCACUCUACACGGCGCCCAACACUGGCUCCCUGCCACCGUCACCAGCGGACUCUGGUGUGUCAGACGUCGAGUCCUCCUCAUCCGGGGCCGGAUCCGCGGAGGAACUGAAGGCGCGGCUGCAGCCCCCGCCCGCGCCCUACGCCCCCUUCCUGCCCUUCUACCAGCACCACCAGAUCGCUUCGCUGCAGCACCAUGCGACGCAUCCACGACCACCCGCGGGAGCGGUGAGCGAACGCGACGCGUACGGCUACGGGUAUGGCGGCGGCGGCAGCACGCACCACUUCGCCGCGCCCGCGCCGCCGCCGCUGCCUGAGCACGACCUGCCCUACUCCGUGUUCGACUUCGGCGACUACCAGCGGCACCACCACCACAACAAACUCAAGCCCAAGAAGAGGCCGCGCGCCGACGCGCCGCCCACGCCCGGCGUGAAGCGCAAGAGCCGGGAGGGCUCCACCACCUACCUCUGGGAGUUCCUGCUGAAGCUGCUGCAGGACCGCGAGUACUGCCCGCGCUACAUCAAGUGGACGAACCGCGAGAAGGGCGUCUUCAAGCUGGUGGACUCCAAGGCGGUGUCGCGCCUCUGGGGCCUGCACAAGAACAAGCCCGACAUGAACUACGAGACGAUGGGCCGCGCGCUGCGCUACUACUACCAGCGCGGCAUCCUCGCCAAGGUGGACGGCCAGCGCCUCGUCUACCAGUUCGUGGACGUGCCCAAGGACAUCGUGGAGAUCGACUGCUCGUUGGCUUAAGUGCGCGCCCGCCGCCGCGUCGGUGACAGGACACUGCGUUCCAACGUUUCACUUAAACAUUCAUUCACUUUAGUAAAUUCGUCUACUUUCAUCAUCGCGUUCUAAUCGCUUAAGAGUGUUUUCGUGAUUAAUCUAUGUGGAUAAACUAAAUUUUUAAAUUAAAAAAUUGUCGUUGAAUUUAAUAUUUAUACAAAAAUAGGUAUGGGAGACGAAAAUGAUUGCUCAAAUGUUUAUAUAUAUUUAGGGGAUUCACAGAAAGGACUAAAUUUGCUACGCGAAGAUGGAGCGAUUUUUGUAUAAUGUUGAAACGAAUUUUUAAAUGUUUAAAGACGUUUCUGUACAUAUAUAAUUCCUUUUAGUCGUCGGCCGGCGCUGCCGGCCCGGGGCAAGUCGGGAACCGAACUGCCUACCUCAGACUACGCAAACUAUAUACUUCAUAACUUUAUACACUUCAUAUUGAAACUACAAUAAGAACCUAUUAAUAGUCUUAUAAGAGUUUAUAAUAAAGAAAUAUUUACGUAAACUUGGAUGUUUACUAUAGUGACAAAAAUAUCAUAUUAUAUUACCUUCUCAGAUUAUAUCUUGGUGCUUCGUGCAUUACGGUUAACUGUGACUUCAUAGGAGCCGGCGCUCGCAUAUUCUCGUUAUAUAAAUAAUUAUAUGUUAUGAAUGAAGGACAUUUUAAUAGUUAACUUAAUUCGUGAGCUGAGUAUAGUUCUUGUCCGCCAGAGGCGCCUCAACGAACACUACGACAGAACUGAUAUCUACUGCCAACUUCUGUUUAGACCUGAUACUUUAAUUAAGGGAUGAUAUUUUGUGCGUUAAUUGUGUUAAUUAUUUUAAAUAGUGUUUUUAAGUGAACUUGCUCUAGUUUAUGUAUGUUUAUUUAAUAAUUAUAUUAAAUACGAUUUAAGGAGGCGUCGUGCGUCAACACAUUUAAGUACAUAUCAAAAUUGAAACCCGUUGCCCGCCAGCUGCAUAUCAGAAACUUCGCAGACAGAUGUAAUUCCCAAAUGACAUAAAAGCAUUCGAGGCUCUUACGUCAUUUUAGACUUACAACCACGCGGCGCGACGCCCCCAUUUUUUGUUACCUGAAUUAAAUAUUAAUAAUUAAUUACGAUUUGUGGUCCAAUGUUAUAGAAAACAUGAUAAUUUUUAACUAGAUAGUUUUUAAAAGUGUAGCCUAGAUAUCUUUAUUUUCGUACAACUCUGAAACUAUCAAACUAAUGACCGUGAAGUGAGCGGAGUUCUCUGCGCUGUGAUUGGUUAAUAAACUCGCUCUCUGAUUGGCUGGGAGACGUAACUGACGCCGGCGGGCCCUAGAUUGGGCCGCUGGCUGUCAGCUGUUUGCCAAUACCAUAUUAAUAUUUUUAAACGGUCCGUGAAUAGAAUUGUUAGGAAGAAUAGGAAGUGUCCAUUAUGUUGUUCGGAGCUCGCACUGCGCCACUAAGUUUUCCGAUGUUGUCAAGUAAUUUUUAUAUUAUAUUCAAAAUAAUUAUAUCAAUUAUGUAGUGGUAAGGAUGUUGUGUGGUGCGUGGGUGCGCGCUCCGCGGGCUCGGGGCUCCAGGCAGUUGAAGGUGCUAUGUGGGGACCGCAGGAUCUCUCCAUUCGAAAUUUAUAUAUAACAGACCAAUCCAGGCUAUGCAGGUAUAUAUAUGUAUACACCCAGUGUGCUAAGUAUAAAUUCUAUUUAAAGAUCUCAGUGUCCAAUUCUUCGAACAAAUCCAGUGUCCCGUGUGAUUAAAUUUUAUAUAUACCUUAAAAUGUGGAUUUAAUCGUAUUUUUGUAUAGCUAGGGUUCAAAAUUUACUUUUCGGCACUUGUAAUGCUUUUGUAAAUAUAAUUAAUAGAUUAACUAAUUUAUUUCUCUCGGAUAAACGAUACGCGUACCUCGCGCUGGUGAGGUUUGCGUCGGCCGCGCGCGCACGCGCACGCGCAGGCCUCACGCGGACCUCACCAGCGCUUCCAUGUUUUACUUUUUAGGGAAUUUCGUUCUUUAGAUUAGAAAUUUUAUUGUAAAUGGAUAAUUGUAAUUAAAUUAUAAAUGUAAUGAUUGGACCACGUGAUGGAAUGUGAGCUCUCAGGACCGAUAGGCUCUGCUUUAGACGGUUCCCGUUACCGGAAUGUUCGAGCAAGCAUUUAAAACGAUGCUCUGUCGUAUCUUAGUCGAAUUGAUGUUGUUAAAAAAUCAAAGUUUAAUAAGAUAAUGUACUUAUCAGUGUAAAUUUUAUCAGCACCUCGAAAAUCGAGCCUAGUCGUAGAGUUUUAAAAAAUUAUUUGUAAUUGGAAGCCAUAUUUGGUGUGAGGUUUUCGAGAUUAAAAAAUAACGCACACGGCCGUUGGCUGGCAGAGAAUCAGGGGGAGGAAGGUUAGUGACUCGGGUUAAGAUUGGCGAGUGCGGGCGCGCCGACUCUCCAUACUCCCUACCGGUCGUCCGGUGCCGUGCGCCGUGCCGGCUACCAGUGACACUGUUCCUUCGCCCGUUUCAAAAACGAGCGAACAAAUCAUAUUGCCGCUACUAGAGUUCUAAACGCCUCGCGCGUUCGCUGUUUUUAAUUUCAAGUCUUACCUACAAACCGUAUUAUGUUCAGUUAGAGUAGAACUGUUUUCCGGAUGUAUUGGGUAGUGUUCGAGAGUAGCGGGGAGUUGGCCCGCCAAGGACCGCGGCACGCACUGAAGUUUUUAACGUUUUCAAUAUUCAAUAUAUGUACGUACUCAAUUGUUAAAAUAAAUUAAAUAUAAAUUAAUGUCGUAUUUAAAGAAAUUUUAGAGAAAUUGAUUCCUUCGGGAUUUUUAAAUGUUUCUGUGUGGCUGGAACUUCUACCCCCACCCCGAUCGUUCGUGUCGCUCCGAGAGCAACUGCGCGACUGGCGCAGGCACUAGUUUAUAAUCAGUUAAAAGUCCGUUACGUUAAUAUAAUUAUAAAAAAUAAUUUAGUUGUUAUUCUCUACAAAUACUGUAUUUUCUGCCCAAUAGUUAAGUUAUUUUUCUAUGUAUAGUUAGUUAUAAGUGUAAAUGAUUUAGCACAUAAACUUGAUGCAUGAUGAUACAGUUAAUAAAAUAUCCACUAUAAAAUAAAA